AUGGAUCCUCCACAAGCUCCACGUUUCAAAAUCCUAAUGUUCCCAUGGCUGGCUCAUGGCCAUAUCAGCCCUUAUCUUGGGCUCUCCAAAAGAUUAUUAGCCACAAAGAAUUUCCAUAUCUACGUCUGUUCGACAGCCAUCAAUAUAACUUCGAUCCAAAGCUUCAUCCAAAGCAACAAUUUGGGGGACUCCAUGGAAGCUGUGGAGCUCAAAUUAGAGCCAUCCGUACAUCUUCCUCCACACUACCAUACCACAAAGAAUCUCCCUUCACAUCUCUUUUGCGAACUCUUAAAGGCCUUUCCGACAGCCAAAUCGAGCUUUUCGGACAUCAUCACUGCCGUAAACCCUGAUUUGAUCGUAUUCGACUCUUUCCAGCCAUGGGCGGCAAAACUUGCAGCAUCACGAGGUAUUCCAGCAGUUCAUUUUUUUGUUGCUGGAGCAGCUACACAGUCGUUCGAUCUUCAUCACUACUGUUGUCCUAGUGAUGGUGGCUUUCAAUUUCAAGAACUAUCUAUGAAUGGUUAUGAGAAGAACAGUUUCGAUGAGCUGACGAAGCUUCUCAACAACGAUAUUUGCAAACAGGGCGAGGUGAUCUACAAUGUUUGUCACGACCUAUCGUCUGAAGUUGUCCUGUUGAAGACCAGUUGGAGCUUCGAGGGGAAGUACAUAAACUAUGUUUCCAGUGCUUGCAACAAGAAAGUAUUACCGACAGGCCCUCUUGUAGUAACAGAUUCAUUUUCUUCUUCUGGCGACGACAAUUCAGACAUAUUACAGUGGCUAAGCAAGAAAGACCAUCAUUCGACUGUUUACAUUUCAUUCGGGAGCGAAUACUUCUUGUCGGGGGAAGAAGUCGAGGCAAUAGCAAAAGGGUUAGAGCUUUGCGAGGUGAACUUCAUAUGGGUUCUAAGAUUUCCUCUUGGGGAGGAGACAAAGACCAUAGAAGAGACACUUCCAUUAGGGUUUCUUGAGAGGGUUAAGGAAAGAGGUAUAGUGACUGGAUGGGCACCACAGGCAAAGAUUCUACAACAUCCUGGAAUUGGUGCAUUUCUAAGUCACUGUGGAUGGAGUUCGAUAAUGGAGAGUAUGUACUUUGGGGUUCCCAUUAUAGGGAUGCCGAUGAAAGUCAUUAUGGUUGUCGACACCAAUAUGUUGGUGGGGUGUGGUGUUUGCUUGAGGAUUCCAAGAAAGGACAAUGAAGGGUAUAAGGGAGAGGACAUAGCAAUGGCGAUGAGUGAUGUGAUCUUUGGAGAAAGUGGAGAGAGACUGAGGUGUAGAGCUGAAGAAUUGAGUGAGAAGAUGAGGAUGGAAGAGGUUGAAGAAACGGAGGUCGUGGCUAACCAACUAUGGAAGAUUUGUUUGAAGAAUCGGCCAUAAGUAAGAAUUAAUUAUAUCUCGAAAGGAAACCCAAAUAACUUUAAGUGACAGAGUUUGUAUGAUAUAAUAAAUGGGGAUUGUGAGCUUGCUUUUGUACUAAGGCAUUGGUGAUGGGGACUUCGUUUGACUUCCCUUUCUGGUAA